AUGGUCAUCCCGGAACUCCUUCAGCUUCUUGAACGGCAAACUACUGCUGCACCAGUGCAGUACCAAAAUUCAAAUAACUCAGGCGCUCUCUUGGCCAUACAUGGCGCCUUUUGCGGCGCAGCAGUCCUCACAGUUUUACUCAGGCUUUACGUGAGGAUAUUUAUGCUGAAGAGCCUGGGGGCGGACGACUACAUCAUGCUCGCUGCUGCGAUCUGCGAAAUUGGCGUCAUUACCUGCUUUGUGGGAGAAAGCAAAGCCGGCGCCUUGGGGAGACAUCCAGCGCUCGUUAGCCCAGACGAUUUUGGCCUCUUUUUACACUGGCGGUUUUUCCACUCGAUCAUCAUCAUGAUUGGAAUCAGUCUGGUCAAGAUCUCAAUCGCAUUCUUCCUGCGCAGAUUCGUGCAGGGCAGAAUCUACCAACAUUUCCUGAUGGGUUGCAUCGUCUUCCUUGUCGCCUUUACCAUCUCCUGUGCGGGAACGUUGAUUUUCAACUGCGGCACAAAGGUCGACGCCAAUUGGAACCUCGCACUACGCGCGACUGGCCAGGCGAAGUGCUUCAGUAACACUACAUUUACCAACAUUGGCAUCUUCAACAGCAGCGUCAACAUUGCGACCGAUGUGCUGUUCGCGCUCCUGCCGAUCCCGGUCGUGUGGCAGCUCCAGGCAAAUCUGCGUACGAAGCUCACCUUGUGUUUCGUUCUGAGCUUGGGAAUCUUCGCAUGCAUCUCGAGUAUCAUCAAAACAGUCAAGCAGGCACAUGCGCUCGAAGAUCCGGACUGGACAUACCAUGAUUCGUUCUUCAUGUGGAACAAUAUUGAGUUCAACAUUGGAAUUCUUGCAGCGUCGUUGCCUACACUACGACCGCUUUUUGCGAAGAUCCUAGGCGCAACGGCAAGAUUCACUUCGAACAACAGCCGCAACCCCGGCCAGUAUUACGAUCCUGACGGGCUCGCGUACGGCAAAAGCAAGACCGAUAAGCGUUCUGCCCGCAAACCAGCAAGUCAGUACUAUCAAUUUGGCUCACGGCAGUCGACGGAGCUAGGGGACCUGCGUCGCGGAGCCGGCACAAAACUGGGAGGCUUUACCAGCACGGUGACUGCGGGUGAUGACAACAGUGACAAGAUCAUGUUAGAAGACGAGUUCCACGCCGUCAGCACCGACAGUCAGUGGACUGCAAGACCUGUCCACGGCGCCAUCACGAAGACCACAACUGUCCGUGUCUCAGAGUUCUAA